AUGCCGUUGAACAGUGACGGCACGGUCCUGUUCAACGCAACGUUGUUCGCCGUGGUGAGGACGUCGCUGCGAAUCAAGACCGAGGGGAACAUCGACGACGCAAACGCCGAGCUGAGGGCCGUGAUUAAGAAAAUUUGGAAGAGGACCAGCCCGAAGCUUCUGGAUCAAGUGGUGCCGCCGCCCGGAGGCUGGUCUGAGGACUUUACACGAAGCUGGGCCCGAGCUGAAGAGAGCCAUUUCCGGAAACUUGGAAGAGCUCCUCGACGACAAUCCGGAACCUAUGCACAGGAGGAACCAUUCGUUAUUCGGCAGCGUCUGGUCGAGUAUGAGGAAAGGGCACCACAGUUUCAACCGAGCCAGAUCGCUCAAGGUGAAUUCCACGACCCUCAAGAAAAGACUAAAAGAUGAAAAAUACCCCUGCUGUUUGAAUUUGCAGGCUUCCCCGACAAAUUCCAUAGACUUCCUGCCAUACUCGUCGCUUCAAAGAGGAAGCGGCCACGACCCGGCGAACCAAGUUACCGCGAGGUCCCAUCAAGUUGUGCCAAACGUAGCGGGCGGUUUGAGCGACAGCGCGAUGAAUCAAAUGGGAAUCGAGCCCAAGCUCACGGGUAUCGAGGAGAACAUCCCGCUGAAGCCGUUUCCCGUGUUUGGAAAUCCCGUCCAGCAACAAUUCCAUCAUCACGCCCCUUACAAAGUACUCGAGUAAGUAGAUAAUAAUCGUUGGCUGAUUGGCGGCAAUUAUCAUCGAUCGGGUCUAGAUGUAACAUCUAAAUGCGUGCGUGCGUACGUACGUAAUUGGUGGUUAGAAAUUGCCUAGAAAAAGCGGUCGGGUCGCGUGGCAAAUUAGAAAAUCUGGGGAACGAGAGAGAAACCGACGUGAUCUUCCUAGUGAUGAUCGGUGAAUUGUACGUUUCAGCGGUCCAGGUAGCGGUAAUUAUCUUCAUCCGAAUAGCGAAUAUGGUAAGAGACGUUAGGGCUAUGGGAGUCGAUAUAGUUUGCUUUUUUUACUCUUGAUCGAAUAGCAUUUCUCGCUUGCGCGCUUGCAUGCGUAACCACUAACCACCGGGAGCUCGACGAUCAUCGCCGAGUUUGCUGAAACGCGCCCGAACGUGUGUGUGUGUGUGUGUGUACGCGCGUGAGAAAGUUAUUAACCCUUUCGCUACGGCAAACUUUGAUGAACGUGCCGUAGAAGUUCGAUCGAAAUUUUUCAGCGUGCAUUUCUCUCAGAAAGUAUAUUGAAAUAAUCAAAAUACUUAUUACACUGUAUUAAAUGCAAUAGCUGCCCCUUAAGCAUCCACAGUUGGGACCGAAAGAAAGAGUGGGGAUGAUCGUUAACUAUUUUACCGACAGCUGGCACGUGCGACGAAUUCCAGUAUUGGUUUACAUUUAUGUGAAGAAAUUCAAUAUAUCAACAUUUUAUUCAAGCUAUUUCCGAUUUAAUGCAAUAAUUACCAAACGAUUGCAAUUCAUCUAAAUUUCUCGAAAAUUUAUUGAAAUUCUUAUAAAAGUGGUUGUUGAUCGAUAAUUGAAUGGAAACCUCGAAUAAAAGUCUUGUUAAGUUUUCGUCGAUAGUAAAUUAACAAUACACAUAGUUCUAUAAUCGUAUUAAUACAUAUAAAUUGAAUUUGUAUAUAUUUGUAUAGUAUCAUUGUGUAAAUUUUGUGGACAAAAUGCACUUAGGCAACACAAUGUAGAAAUGAUUCAAAAAACACUGAAAAGCUGACUAGAUGAUAUAGUGGCGUAGCAGUAAAGGGAAAAAUAAAAAGUAUAUAGUAUUACUAUUUAUUAAUAAUAAAUUUUGCAAAAAAAAGAACUUCUUUAGUAAGCAGACAAAACAUUGUAUAUAUAUGUAUUAAUAGUUUAUUUCAGUAUGAUACUUUUUGAAACAAAAAAUUUAACAGUAACUUCUGGAAAAGUUCACAUUCCAAGUAGUUUUACUCCUCUUUUUGUAUUUUUUCUUUUUGUAAUUUUCACUAUUUAGCAUCUGUGCUGCAUAUCUAUUUGUUUUAACAAUUAUCGCGUCCUAAAAUAAUCAUCCGUCAAUGUUAGAUUGAAUAAAUCUAUUAUCUAUUUUCUCCUAAUUCUUCCAAAAAUAAAAGGUUUAUUCUAUGGUGUUUUCCGUGAAGAUAAAAAGAUAAAACUUUUUCGAUUAUUACCUUUGGGAACCCAAUUGCAAUCAUUGGCGUUAUUUUUACUCGUUGAAGAUUCAUUUGUUUUUAUCGUAUCCUCGUUAUCAGAAUCUUCGAAAGAUGUACGUCUAAAAUGUUUUUUCUGUCCUUGAAAAAAAAAAAAAUCUGUCGCUGCACUUUUCAAAAUUAUUUUUACGUUUGCCCGUGUUUAAUUACAAACAAAAUUAUUUCUAGGAAUUAAUUAAAACGGUGAAACAAUUUCGUAAUUAUAUAGAAUAA